GUUGUUUUGUGUCAGAGCUGAAACUGGAAGCGCACUCCCGAUUUUAAUCCAUUCUCCACGAAGCUUCAACGUCUGUGCGCGAAAACUUAUGUGAUGUUUGCUAACUUACACGUGGGCUUUAAUUUAUUAAGUUUAAUUGCCAUGGCUAAACGGUCACUUUUAUUUUUAUAUAUUUUCCAAGGACUACUCCCCCUCAGCUUUGGGCAGCAGCGCACGGUUGGCCCCUGGCGGCACCGGAUUCAAUGGGAGAACAACGGGCAGGUUUACAGUUUAAUGAGCACUGGGCUGGAGUACCAGGCUCCGUAUCGGUCCACCAGCCAGUCGAGGGUUUACGUGAGCAGUCGGAGGGAUGGUACCGGGAGCCAGAUGUCUGGAGCGCGCAGAAGAAUGACGCUUGUGAGAACCGGACCAACUGAGUCCAGACAGUUCAGGACUGAUAACAGCGCACAGUCGGGACCUCUCACACCUGGACACGAUGUUAGACAGUAUGCGCCCGUGAAUCGUCACGCGUCAGGGGUCAGACAGCGACUUGAACGCCCUACAGCAGCAGUUGUAAGACAUCCAGGCGCACGCCAUUUUAAUGGUGAAUUCACCAGAACCACGAACGCCUCUUCACCGGGGAGUUCAGCAGAUUUUUCUGACGGAAAUGGAGGUUCUGUCACUGUGGAUAAUACCGCACUACACACUAGAAUAGGUGAAUCGGGACCUGGUGCGCAAAACCAGCAGUUACGCGCGGGGCCGGAGGUGACGCCCGUCUCCAGGCAACCUGCUCAGACUGAUCGCUCCAUCUCAGCACACCCGUCAGGUCUGGAAAAUGAGUCUGAGGCACCGGCUGUAUUUCCUGCACUUACUGAGGAAAACAGCAAUGGAGAGGACAUGGUCAACGACGACCCUCGAAACCCGCUUAAAAACCACAGGAAUUCUGUUUUCUACAACAUGUAUCCGACCAGAGGGAGGUCAGCGGCCCGCACCCUCCGUCCGCCUGGCACAGGGUACGGCACAAGAUAUUUCCAAAACGGACUGCCAGACCUUGUGCCAGACCCAUAUGCCAUCCAAGCAGGUACCUAUGUCCAGCGCAUGCAGAUGUACGCGCUUCGCUGUGCGGCUGAGGAGAACUGUCUGGCCAGAUCGGCUUAUGGACCCGCUGUGCGAGACAUCGACUUCAGAGUCCUCCUGCGGUUUCCACAGAAAGUGAAGAACCAAGGCACCGCUGACUUCCUCCCUUUCAAGCCCAGAUAUCAGUGGGACUGGCACAGCUGUCACCAACACUACCACAGCAUGGACGCCUUCAGCAACUACGACCUGCUGGAUGUUAUCACAGGACGUAAAGUGGCCGAGGGACACAAGGCCAGUUUCUGUCUGGAGGACACGAACUGUGAUCCUGGAUUCAGGCGACGCUAUGCCUGUACAGCUCAUACGCAGGGUCUGAGCCCAGGUUGCCAUGACAUCUACGCUGCCAACAUCGACUGUCAGUGGAUUGACAUCACUGAUGUGCCUCCAGGAAACUACAUCUUGAAGGUUACAGUCAAUCCCAAUUUCCACGUCCUGGAGUCAGACUUCACCAACAACGUAGUGAGAUGUGAUAUUACUUACACAGGCGUUUAUGUUCAGACACGCAACUGUCGAAUAACAAGGGGUUGAAAUAUUCAUUUUUCUGGAAACAUGCAGAAGUUUGUCAGUAAGACCCCCUCUGUACUGCACAGGCUCAACGACAUCAGUGAAAAAAGGUUUAUGCAACUGGUAAAAGUUUGUAUUGUAAUGGUGAGCUACAUUCCUGCUAUGAAGUCUUGGGGUUGCAUUUAUUCAGAAUAAAUGCAAAAUUAGUUUACACAAACUUUGUAUAUGGAACUAGUGAUGUCAUCAGAAUUACUUGAUUGUGUAUUUCUAGAAAUGUGCUACGAUUGGUUACAAAUUAUGUUUUGGUUUGUUUUUCUUAACAAAUACAAGUACUGUUCGUGGACACGUUUGUUCCUUUAAGUGCUACUUACUCGCUUGAAAUGUGUGUACUGUUUGUCAUUUGAUGUCGUUGUUAAUGGGUUUUUUUCUGAUUUUUGUUACUAUUAUGUGCACAUUAUUAACAUCUAGAGUUUUAUUUAACCUUAUAACAUCCACUCUUUUAGGGAAACUCUUUUAGGGAUAAGGUUUAAUGUUGCUCAUUGUCAGCUCCAUAAUUUGUUCUUCCUCUCUACUAGAGGAGUUUUGUGUGAUUACCAGUUCAAAACAAGGUCCCCUGGUUUUCAGCAGUGAUUGGCUGCCCUUCCUUAAACAUCAUGUUGGAUCGGGCUGGUCUGCUCACACCCAGAGCCUGAUAUAUUAGGCGUGACCAUAUUAGGGAAAAAAAACUGACCACACAUUUAGAGCAGUCUGGUGCCUGAGCUUGUGGAUAACAGGGAGUUCAGUACUUCCACAUACAGUGACAUUAUUAUUUGAAACUUUGGUCAUAUGAAUAUCAACCACUGUAAAACUGUACAUGAGAUAUGAUCAAAUGCUCUGCAAAUCAGGCUUGAAAAAACAUGGCAACCAAAACACUAAAGUUGACGCUUCAGAGCCAACAGGCAAAGUAGUGAUGUUUUAUAACGUCUGUCGUCGUCCUGUAGACAACUUAGGAUGUGACUGUAGAACUCCAUGUUGAUAGUCUGGUCAUGACGGGUGAAUUCAUGGAGCACCCUCCAAACCCCCUCCAAAAACUCCUCAUCACACUCCUGACCUGAAGUGUCGCCAUCGGGCUUGGAAACUUAGGACGCUUCAACUGAAAACUGCUGGGUCAUAGCUGGAGGUCCAAUUCUAAUUACCAGCAAGUACCACCAAGAAAGUCAGUCUUCAGUUUUAAAUUAAAUCAGGUAUGUUUUUGUGUUUGUUUGUUUUGUUUUGUUAUUUUAUGACAGUGUUCCUGGAGCUUUUUGACCGUACCUUGUAUAUAAGAAAAAAUAAGAAAAAGGUUAGCUCCUCUUAUAAUAGAGGAGCUACA